UUCAGGACUUCUUUAGCGACCGCACUGUUUACCUUCCGGUGCGGGCAGCAGUAGCGGAGGACUGCACCACUUUCUCUCAGUAUGUACUCUCACGGCUCCGAGAGUUUAAUUAAACAAGCAAGGGAGAUCCAGGAGUCUGAGCUGCAGAAGUUUUACAGCAGAUUAGUGAAGCUGCUCCAGGGGAAGGACUUCGGUCACGAGACUGUCGACUCGCUGCAGAGACUGCACCUCAUCCUCUCUGCCUCCAAGUACACCAGGACGUUGCCUCCGGAGCUUCAGAAGAGGGUCCAGUCGCUCCUCUCGUCACCUGCAGAGCAGCUUCAGGUGCUGAGCUCCGCUGUGCUGAGAGAGACACCACCUCUCUCUGGUCAGGAACUGAACUACAACCAGGAGAACGUCAGUCAACUGAACAGCCACGCUGCUGCCCUGCUGCUCUCACAGGCUGGAUCCAGGGCUGACCUGUCGUCUCUCUGCGCUCAGCUCCUUCGCAGUCUGGAAAGCCGGUCGUCAGAGGGGCCAUCUCACUCGCUCACGCACACCCUGCCCAUCCUCAACACCAUCCUCACACACAGCCCCCAGUGCCUCACUGAAGAUCAAGAGACACUCUUGAGUAAAAAACUUGUCGACUGGCUGCGUUAUGCCAGCAUCACUCAGGGAGGCGGUGCUUCCUCCGGAGGAUUCUUUACCGGGCCCAGGUCACGUCAGCCGGCGCCCAUAGCAGAGCUGGAUGGGACGGUGUCAGGGGAUUUCUUCACUGUGCUGUGUGUGGGCCAGGGCUUCACUGACGACCAGUGGAUGAACGUCUAUUCCUUUUCCAUGCUUCGCCACUGGCUUCUCACCUACCACUCUGUUUCCAACGACAGCACCACAGCUGACACUGCAAACAGGCUGCAGCUCAGCCUCUCCCUCUCCCACUCCCACUCCUUUUCUAAUGAUGACCGGUCGGAGAUAGAUGGGUCGGUGGUUUCUAUGGUUUCAGCCACGUCCUCCUCCAGCCGACUGCUGCCUCCAAAGGAGCGCCUGAGAGAGAAGGCGUUCCAGUACUGCCAACGCCUCAUCGAACAGAGCGAUCGCAAGGCACACAAAAGGAUAGAUGCAGACCUGCAGAAAGCGUGUCUGGUGGAGGCGGUGUGUAUCCUGGACUGUGUGUGUGUAGAGGACGCCUCGCUGGUCUACAGAACGUUCCCGUGCAUCAAGGCGCUCUUUGGUCGGCUCAGCUCAGACCUGUCGUUUGCCAGAGUCAUGCUGCCCAUAGCACAGUUCUACCUCAACCAUGGUGAGAUGGCUGCAGUGGAUUGUGAGAGUGUGUGGAACCUGGUGUUUGGCCGAUUCCCUGCCGAGCUGUUCAACGACCACUUCCUGGCACAUGAGCUUCUACGCUUCCUUCGACUGAACCUCGAGAGCCUGCAGCUCCGAGUCCCACAGUACACCCACUCCUUCCCAAACCUGCUCAAGUUGUUAGCGUGGGACAGCCCGGCAGCAGUGGAUGACUUUGUGGAUUUGCUGCCCUCUCUGGUGACAGCUGGGACUGCAGUGGAGCUUCUCCACACUCUUUUGGAUCUGCCCUGUCUCUCUGCCACACUGGUCUUGCAACUUAGGUCAGCUUGUUUGCCCAUCUCUGAGCCAGGCGGGCGUGGCCUCCUGUCACUUGAUGCAUUUCGAAAUCCCUCUUUCCGAGGGCUUUUUCUCUUCCUGCUUCGAGUGGAAGCAGGCUCAGGUGACACAAUUGACCGUCUGGGCACACUCCAUGAGCUGCUAGCUGAGGUUGCUGAUUGGCCGAGAGUUGUUCAGUGUGCCCAGACUGUCCCUGUGCUGUUGCACAUUUUUUUCAACACAGUCACCACGGUUGCUGAUGAGAAGCUUUUAGCGCACUUGGUUCUGGUCAUGCUGGAGAGAAGCAGCCUCCUCCUCAUCAUCCCUAAAUACAUCAAAGAGAUCCACAGGGUGUUCAGCUGCCACCUGCUGAGGCUGUGCAAGCUCCACCCAUCUCUGGUGGUGGACCAGUCUCAUGAGCUGCUGGAGUUUGCCGGAGCCACAGCCAACGUCUACAGCAAAGAAGAAAUCUACACACAUGUGGUGUGGGUGCUGGGAGAGUAUCUCUCUGUGUCAUGUGACUCUCGCUGCUCCGUGAGGCUCAUCACUUCCUGUUUUGAGGCGUUAGAGGCAGUGCUGUUUGAGGUCACUUCAUCUGCCCCACCACCUGGAGCGGUUUGCCCUGCCCCAAGAGUCGUUACCACUCUAAUGAGCGCUCUGGCUAAGCUGGCAUCACGAUCACAUGACCUCAUACCCAGGGUGUCUCUGUUCCUCUCCAAGUUAAGAACAGUAACCAGAGGCGGGUCAGUUGCCUGGUGUUCCGAUGAAGAGGACCUUGUUGCCAUAGUAACGCGAGGCGAGGAGUUGUGGUCGCUGCUGAAGGCCCCCGGUGUGGCUCAGAGCGUCCUGACCCCACCUCCACAUGUCACAACACCCCAGUGGCACCGAGACAUCAACGUGGCCAUGCCACUGCGACUGCGGGCCCUCACCAACCUCACACACUCACAGUGACACACACACUCACACACACUCACACACAUAAAUCAGUGAAAAGAAAAUCAAUUCACUCAUGAAAUGGGCUUACUAUUGUAUCUUGUUUAAUUUUUGUACAUUAUUUUUGUAAAUAAAUCACAUUAUCUGAUUGAAA